GCUUCGGGCCGCGUUUCGGGAACUGCGUGUGCGCGGGGACUGGGGUCGCUGCGGAGGGCCGGGCGCAAAUGCCCGGGGAAGGAGAGCGGAGGGCGUCCCGCGGGUCCCCGGGAGAGAAGGGGAGACGGGCUUCCGCGGGCGCCGGGCGGUAGGGGAUCUCCGCGUCCGCUGCAGCGUCUCUCGCCCCAUCCUCUGCCGGGCCCCCUCAGCGCCCCAGCCUUCUCCCGCCGACACCGCGCCCUGCUCUCGGGGCCGCGUCAGCACCGGGCCGCUCGGGUCCCCCGCCAGCCCCCGCUCCGCUUCCGGGUACACGACCCGCGCCCCAUAUCCGCCAAGGUGUGUCUUCCGCUGACACGGGCCCGGCCGGAGCGAGGCCAGUCCAGCCAGCUGAGCCCCGCGCGGCCGCGGCGCAGGUUUGCUCUCCCGCCGUCGAGGACUGCGGCGGCCGCGUGGGCGUGGGCCGGUCCCCGCGGCCAGGGGGGACAGGGGUACGGCAGGCGCACUUGACCGUGGGUCCCGAGCGUCCGAGCCGCGCUGCGCCGGUGGCGGGCUUUAUGUAAAUCGGGGCUGAGCCGGGGCGUCCUAGGUAGGAUGGACCAGCCCCCCGCGCCUCGGCCCUCACGUCCAAUAAGAAGAGCCCCAGCUUGACACCUGCCUAUAUACAGGCGAGCGCGCCCCCGGCUCGCGGACCGAGCGCACAGCCCGCACAGCCCACGCCGCGGGCGAGCGAGACCUCGGCCCGCCUUCAUGACUUCCAGUAAGAUCGAGAUGCCCGGCGAGGUGAAGGCCGACCCCGCCGCCCUCAUGGCGUCCCUGCACCUCCUGCCGUCGCCCACGCCCAACCUCGAGAUCAAGUACACCAAGAUUUUUAUUAACAACGAGUGGCAGAACUCGGAGAGUGGGAGAGUGUUCCCUGUCUAUAAUCCAGCCACAGGAGAACAGGUGUGUGAAGUUCAAGAAGCAGACAAGGCAGAUAUAGACAAAGCAGUGCAGGCAGCCCGCCUGGCUUUCUCUCUUGGCUCAGUGUGGAGAAGGAUGGAUGCUUCAGAAAGAGGACGUCUGUUGGAUAAGCUUGCAGACUUGGUGGAACGAGACAGGGCAGUCCUUGCAACCAUGGAAUCCCUAAAUGGUGGCAAACCAUUCCUGCAAGCUUUUUACGUCGAUUUGCAAGGAGUCAUCAAAACCCUUCGGUAUUAUGCAGGCUGGGCUGAUAAAAUUCACGGGAUGACCAUUCCUUGGAACUUCCCCCUGCUGAUGUUUGCCUGGAAAAUUGCUCCAGCUCUGUGCUGUGGCAAUACAGUAGUUAUUAAACCAGCAGAGCAAACACCACUCAGCGCGCUCUACAUGGGAACCCUCAUCAAGGAGGCUGGCUUUCCACCGGGAGUCAUCAAUAUUUUGCCAGGAUACGGGCCAACGGCCGGGGCAGCAAUAGCUUCUCACGUUGGCAUAGACAAGAUUGCGUUCACAGGGUCUACUGAGGUUGGAAAGCUUAUCCAAGAAGCAGCGGGAAGAAGUAAUUUGAAACGAGUAACUCUGGAACUUGGAGGGAAAAGUCCCAAUAUUAUUUUUGCAGAUGCUGAUUUGGAUUAUGCCGUGGAGCAGGCUCACCAGGGUGUGUUCUUCAACCAAGGCCAGUGCUGCACUGCAGGAUCUCGCAUCUUUGUGGAGGAGUCCAUCUAUGAAGAGUUUGUGAGAAGAAGCGUGGAGCGGGCUAAGAGGCGCAUAGUGGGCAGCCCCUUUGACCCCACUACCGAGCAGGGACCCCAGAUUGAUAAGAAACAGUACAACAGGAUCCUGGAACUCAUCCAGAGUGGUGUGGCCGAAGGCGCCAAGCUGGAGUGUGGAGGCAAAGGGCUGGGCCGAAAGGGGUUUUUCAUCGAGCCCACGGUGUUUUCCAACGUCACCGAUGACAUGCGGAUUGCCAAGGAGGAGAUCUUUGGCCCUGUUCAGGAAAUUUUGAGGUUUAAGACUAUGGAUGAAGUUAUUGAAAGAGCCAAUAACUCAGACUUUGGACUUGUAGCAGCGGUCUUUACUAAUGACAUCAACAAGGCCCUCACGGUGUCUUCUGCAAUGCAAGCUGGGACUGUUUGGAUCAAUUGUUACAAUGCCUUAAAUGCCCAGAGUCCCUUUGGGGGAUUCAAGAUGUCUGGAAAUGGGAGAGAAAUGGGAGAAUUUGGUUUGCGAGAGUACUCCGAAGUUAAGACUGUGACAGUAAAGAUCCCCCAGAAGAACUCUUAAGAUGGCCAAGAAGGAAGGUGAAGGCCAGCCUGCACGACUCUCCCCCUCUGCUUUCCCUGUGGGGCCCAGCUCUCAGGAAUCCAAACUUGAUACUCAGUCCUUACUUAACGAUUUAAAUGACAGCAGGUAGGCCAGGCCAUUCGCUGCAUAAAGAAAGCAAACCAGUUGGGCGUGGUUUCUUGGCACCCUGUGAGGGAUCACCUUAACAGUACCAAAUAUUGGGGAAAGUGGGAUAAAGGCACGAGGAGUAGCUUUCGGGCAUACCCAGUAUUUCUUUCUGGGGUGAGGGGCUGAAUGAGGGAGCUGUAUUAUUUGAUGCCUUCUGUCACAAAGGACUUUGCUUGUGAGCAAAGGUAGCCUUUCCAUUGUCUUCAUUUCCCCCUUCCAGCCUCUCCCUGCUCACGCACCCCUCCCACUCCUCCAAGGAGAUCUCAGCUGAGCUCAUCUGGGGCAGAUGUUUGGGCCGGGAACAAUUUUCCAAGGUUUUGCAGCCAAAUUACCGUUUCAUGUCAUCCAUUUCUUCAAAGCAAAACAUGAAAUGGUUUUAGUUAGAGUCAGACCACACUGAAAAUGCCAGGAGCUGGUACACUGCAGAUGUACUAAGGAGAAAGAACUUGGGAUAUUCCUGACCCAGUCUGGCUUUCUUACAUCCAUAUAUAACAUGAGUGAAAGAUCAGGAGAUGGAGCUCCAGAGACCAUUAUGUGUAGUUCACAGCCUCGGAGCUCAUCACUGCAUGGUUUGAGGGGGUAAGAGAGACGGACGUGUGUGUGUGUGUGU